AACACCCGAAGUUAUUCCCUGCUACAUGAACCACACGCUGAAGGAAGAGGGAGAAUUUGGAAAAAACGAUAUCGAUAAAGACACGAUUGAUAUUUACACUACCCACAAUAUGCCAAUAGAUUGUUUAUGGUCGGUGACAGUUAAACCGAAGUGGAGGGUGUAUCUACAGUUUGCAGAGUUCAACCUUGAGAAACCAAACGAUUGCGCCAGCAAUUUCGUGCAGGUGUUUUCCGGAAAGACUGACAUGACGGCGUGCGACAAAGAGUUUUGUGGCUCGAUCGCUGACACAGUGCUUUCCAAAGGGAACAAGAUGUUCGUGAGAUUUUUCUCCGAAUCGAAGAGCAACAAAACAUUAUUCAAGGCGAACUUUACUGCGUUCAGGGAUCUCGGUUCAGAUAAAAAUCAAAAGUGUGCUGAGGAUGAAUAUUAUUGUGAAGAUGCAACCUGCAUUCACGAGAGUUUGAAGUGCAAUGGAAACUUCAACUGUAGAUAUAGGUGGGAUGAAGAAGAUGAUGAUUGUCAGAAUUCUCAGUCCAAUACAUGGUCUGGAGAUCAUAUCAUCAUAAUUAUGGUCAUUUUUUCCUUAAUCCUGACUGGAAUGUGUAUGACGUUUGUUUACAAUUGUGUUACCAAGAUAAUAAAGGACCAUCGAACAAUUCAGGAAUACAUACGACAAAGCCGUGAGCAACAACUCAACGAGCUGGAAAAACAAGAGCCGUCAGAGAAGCAGGCGCCCUCCAAGAUGGGAAGCCGAUCUCGGUCGCACAGCACCCAGUCGACGGACUCGAACAGAUUCGACGCUAUAAACGCCGUGACCAACACGACGCCUUGCUACGUCCCUGGCGGAGAUGUUUUGCCAAUUCUCAUCAGGCACGACCACAGUAUGAGCCCUUCUAACGGAGAUGCUUACAAUACGAACAUUUAUACGGUGGACAAUGAAAGCCCGCCACAAAUGUGUGACAGUGCGUGUCAGACCCGCGAGAGCCUCUUCACGACCCAAGGGUACAGCUCCGGAAACACCACCCCCAGCCACAGCAUUCACACGAACUCGCCCCCUGCCCCCUUCAGCACGUUCGGCUACAAGAAGGAGACCAAGUUCAAGGCGGAGGCGAAAAUCGAAAUGACGCCCAACAACUACGUCGCGAAGCAUCAGCAACAAAACAGGAGGCCGUACAGCGUGCAAACGACGAAGUCGGCGCCCGACGUCAUCGUCACCCACUGACGAACGCACAAGGCCGAGUGGGAGCCGUACAAGAGGCGGUACCCACGGCUACAUUCGGGGGCCAUCUCCGCCGCUGUCUUCGAAGAUAUGUUCGCAGCAGAAGGGACUCAAACGUACGAUACUGAUUUUUAUACAUAAUAUUAAAUAUAUUUGAACGUC